AAAAAAAAUUGAUUGCUUCGCACUAUAAUUUAAAAUAAGAAUCCGACUAGGGGUAGGGGACGUGUUUAGUUGUGGUUCGAGUAUUUCACCAAACUCCUACCCUAAUAACUCUAUAAAAACCGUUCAUUUCUUUUCAAAAUUUACAAACACACUCCAAAAACACUUCUUUCUUUCUUAACAUACCAUCCGCACAUACCAUAUUCACCCAAAACACUUUGAUAUAUUCAUUAUUUUUUUGUUUAGCAUUCCCCUCUCAUAUUAUAUUUAUAAUAUAUACCAUAUAUAAAAAUGUCUAGUGAGGGCAAUAUUGUUGUUAUGGUUCAUUGGAAUGGCUCUACAUCUCAAAAAGAUGAUGAAAUAGAGUACUCCAUACCUCCUAGGGCGGUACUAUGGGUUAGUGAAGGAGAUGAUUAUACUACUAUACAUGAGAAAGUUCUAAAUCAUGUUAGAGGCGACGGAUUUUCCGAAAUUAAAUUAAUUCACGGAAAAUUGCCAAAGUAUAAGAAUUCAGUAUAUGUUGCUUCUAGAUUAUGGCCCAUUCACGAUGAGCGGACAUGGCGUCAUUUUUUCCGGAUCGCUACAAAUGAGUAUGAGGAGUUGCACAUUUACGUGGAAGCUUCAGCGACCCCGCCACAAAAUUUGGAGUUCCACGGAACUCCCGGAGAGGAAGGCCCAUCAUCAAUAUAUGGUCGGAGGAACAACCGCCAAAUGUUUCAGAACUAUGAAUCUCCCGACUCAGGUGAAGAGUCGGACGACCC